ACCUGUCCUACCACUCUCUGCCAGACUAGUGAAACUGUCAUGGGUACCUUUAACACCAUCCUUGCCGUCCUUCUCUUUAGCUGUUUUUUCACAGUGACAGAUACAGUCAACGAAGUACAAAAAAUUACAACCGGACAAGUUGCUCAAAUAGAGAAAGGAAUUACCCUGUCUAAAGAACUCCUCAAAGGUCUAGAUGACGUGGCCACGUUGGUUACAAAAUCGAAAGAAAUAACUGAUACAAUCCAAAAAGUCCUCAAAGUCUUUGAUGUGUUUGGUAAAAUUGCUUCAAGUUUUGGCUUCUUAGGUUCACUGAUUAGUCUCAUCUUCGCCUUCAUUCCAAAAUCUGAUCCAACCUUUAACUUCAUGAAAGAACAGUUUUCUGAGGUCAACCGGAAACUCGAUUCAGUCUCCUUGCAAAUUUCCGAACUGCAAACAGAAAUGGAAUGGACAAACUACGCAAGCGCAUAUGGAAAAGACGAGAAUGCCAUCAAAAACUCAUGGGUUAAGCUGAAAGAACUAAUGGACAACGGUCCUAUUGCUACCACAGACGAACAAAAAAGCAGACUUGCUGAACAGUUCACUUCAUUCUAUAUAACCACGGGAACAGAGAGCAGUGUUGCGAAUCUGUACAGAUACAUAACUGAAAGCAGUGCAGUCAGCCUUAAUAAGAACCUGUUGCAGCUUGUCAUUGAGAAGUCAAACGGUGAUUUUAAAGUUUUGACGCAGUACUCGUCCUACUUUACUGCGCUCAUGGUUUCCGGGCUUCAGAUGAAUGUUUUUUACUACAAGCUAAAGGGCUAUGAUGCUGAAAAAAAGGCGAACGAGGCGGGCACUCAGUUAUCCAAUGCCUUAUUAGCCAUACAGGAUGCCUUAAUUCAGUGUGCUAAUGAUUUUCCAAAAUGGGCUGAAAAGGAUGCACAGAAACUUGGCACUGAACGAUUCUCAGAUACCAAGCAGCUAGCUGCACGCAUUAAGGAACACUUGGAGCAAAAGUUUAUCUGGUAUGAUUGGUUCGUAAUUGCCCACUCCAAUGAUGCUAAGAACGAGUAUACUUAUGGACAAUCAAUCAGCUUCACUGUUCAAGACAAGACAGUGGUUCACCUUAUUCAUAGAGAAAAGAAGGCCACUCCCGAUCAAACUAUUGUGAACUACGUCAAAUCCCAAUGGUUGCAAGAAGAUUUGUAUCUGGGAGAGUGUGAAAACAUGGAGGGUAAGUUCCUCCAAAUAUUUGGUGCCCGAGCAGUGAGCCAUAUUCAGUACCUUCAUGCUGUACGAAAGCCAUCAGAUUAUGCUCAGACAAGUGACUCUGAUGUGGAGUUGAACUGUGGCACGCUUCUUUUUAAGAAAGCCCGUCAGGAACAAAAACCCUUUGGUGACAUCCGAACCAUUAACAUUUUUCUCAAGAGUAGUGAGCUCGUACAAAAUGCUCCUUGUUCAAAAGUAAACUGUGGCAACGGACAAUGCGAACCCCUGAAGGACACCGCACAAGGCUUCUGUAGGUGCAACAGUAUGUACCGAGGUUCAACUUGUGAGGAAAGCAUCCAAAAUGAAAUCGAUUAUGCAGCUACAGAGGCGAAAAUCAAUGAGAUAAUCAUUCAACCUGUUCCUGAUCUAACUGCAAUAUUUUAUAGUGUCAAGGAGUUGAGGGACUAUACAAGAGAACUGGUGGAAUCUGUCCAUCAAGAUAUUCAGUGGACACAAAUACUCAUUAAAUACAUCGAUAUGAUCCAGAAGUUUCGCUAUAUCGCUACAUUUCACACUCUACUUGAAACAAAUACUAUAGCCCAAAGCCUAUACAUUUCUGAAGUUGGAGCACAGUUUUCUGGUGGGAACACAUUUACAUUCUACCUCACACAGUUUAACAAUAUGAUGAAGGGUACUGGAUUUGCAGAUAGGCAGAACAUUCUGGAUAUUUUUCGUAGCACGUUUAUUCUAAGCUCAAAAACAAAACCUACUAACCCAGGAGAAUGUACAAAAACCUACAGGAACGAAAUUGACCAUUUUGUGCGCUUCAUGUUCACGCUUGAAAAGGAAGCUGUGCUGGCCUGGCAGAAAUAUCUGUUAGCCACUGGGAAGUCAAAGGAAAUUCAUUUUAUGGAAGAUCUUUUCAGGAAAUUUGUUUCUGACCAGUGGACAGUCCUCAAUGGAAAUGGAUGUGGCCCUCUGACUGCUAAGCAGCUUGAUAAUAACUACUGUGACAAGGCUUACCACAGCACCGAUGGGCUGCAGGUGAAACUGAAGUGUCUUGGAGACUACAAGCCGUUCCCUCAGACUGUGCAGUGCUCUAAAGGGCAGUGGAGUGCCUUGCCUGUAUGUUAUACUGCGCAGGUCAAUGGGAAUGUUCAGUGCACGUCAGAAGCUGGAGCCACCGUCUGCAAAGCGUCUUGUUCACCGGGUUGGGGUUAUGCCAAGCGCCCUCACACCGCAGUAGUCAGGUGUGCGCAGCAGCCUUGUCCGUCCUUCACACCUGUAGAGUGUCUCAGCUGCACAGAUAACAGCGUGUGCAGAGACCAUGAGGUCUGUGAGCGGAGCACUGGUACCUGUCGUGAUGGAUGCCUUGUUGCACCCUGUGGAGUGAACGCCAAAUGCUCCUACAAGACUCACCAGAGGAUCUGCACAUGUGUGAGUCCAUGGAAAGGAGACCCUCAGACAGGCUGCAGGAGCCAGGACCUAAAGUGGAUUCAGACUUCAGGAAAGCCUUCCAAUGCUGUUGUCUCUAGAAAAGGACUGGCUGUUUGCCGUGCCCUUGGACCAGAUGGAGGGUGGCACAGUGGAUAUUUAAAGGGCAGUGAAUGCGCCUAUGAGUGGGGCUGGAACGAGCAUAAAGCCCGUAGCUAUGAGGUUUUGACUGACCCAUGUCCAGUGAUUGGCACUGGUUAUAAAUGGAUGGACGGGUGGCAGGGGAACGCAUUUGGUUAUGAUAAAUCAGUAAGGUGGUCUGGAGUCCACCUCUAUGUAUGCAGUGCCAAGAAGUAUGACAUGCCUGGGAAGCUCUUCAACACUCGCCAUGGCUUCAUGUGCCAUAUCCCUGUGUGGAAAGACAACAGACACACUGAAUUUUAUUCUCUUGUUCCAAAACCAUGUUUUUGAGCACAAUGCAUUUUAUUAUCUAAACAUUUGAGCUUUCGUGCAUUAAAUAUAUUCUAUUCUGGUUUAACAGCUAAUGCUGUUUAUGCCUUCUAUCUUUAAAUUAGGUAAAAAGAUAGAGAAACUAAUGCUUGCUGAGACAGGUCGCUGUUUGGCUCCUUUUUCUUUCCCUAGACUUUACUUUCUUUUCUAGAGUAAAGUAGUGUCAGUGUCUUCUGCUUAUUUGCUGCUGCUGAUUGAUGUCACUUGUAGCUGCUGAUGAUUGAUUAUAUCUUACAGCUUUAUUAAACAUGAAUGAAAUUA